GGUUGAGGAUCCAAACAGCAGUAGACUGUCAGACCGAGUGUGAGGACAAGACAGACAGAAUCUUACAGCACCCUGUCGGUGGGUUAAGGAUUAGCUGAGUUGCUUUGGUGAACUUGAAGGAAAGAUGACCCUUGCAGCAUACAGAGAUAAGAUGAAGGAGCUUCCUCUAGUGUCUCUCUUCUGCUCCUGCAUCCUACCAGAACCGCGGGAAAAGCCCACCAAGAAAACACAAGAUGUAGUGGAUCUCAAUCUGGGCAUUAUUAAAGACAUGGAGGUCAUUGAGCUGAACAAGCGGUCAUCAGGUCAGGCCUUUGAGGUCAUACUCAGACCACCAUCCUUUGACGGGCAGAGAGAAUUCAAUCCCACAUUCCCACCACGCAGGGACCCAUCGUUGGAAGAGAUCCAGAAGAAAUUGGAUGCAGCUGAGGAGAGAAGAAAGUGUCAAGAAGCUGAGCUUCUGAAGCACUUGGCUGAGAAGAGAGAACAUGAACGGGAGGUGGCCCAAAAAGCCGUAGAGGAACACAACAACUUCAUCAAGAUGGCCAAAGAAAAGCUGGAUCAAAGAAUGGAGAUGAACAAGGAGAACAGGGAGGCCCACAUCACUGCCAUGCUGGAGCGUCUCCAGGAGAAGGACAAACAUGCUGAGGAGGUGAGGAAAAACAAGGAACAGUUGGAACUGGACUGGCAGUAGAAUGACAAAAUUACAAAACAAGGCCUAGCAAGUGCUAGUUAUAUUAAGAAUGGCUGUGUAUUGGCAUUAGAUAUGCUAACAGUUAUAAGGCCUAUCUUGCGAUAUUUGGCGCCAAAAAACAAGUAUAUUCAAGUUUGCUGACACACAAAACAAUUUGUGUAUCACGUGGAUGUGGAAUUGGGUAUCAAGAUUGCAGGAAGUCAUUCUGUUUGUUUGCCGCCAGACUGUUGGGAAUAAAAACCUUCAACCACAUACUGUAGUUUAGACCAUAGCGAGUCAUUUAUGUAUGAGUCAUCAUCACACAUCCUUUAGAGUCUUUAGUAUACAGUAGCUUUUCAUGUACUGAGGAGGCAAAGAUAAAAUAAAGAUAAAAGUCAAGGCAGGAAUGGAAACUAGGUUAACCAAGAUGUGUUUUUGUGUUGUGCGACUGUUAAUUAAAUGUUAGUACUGUUGUUUGGUGUAUUUAGAGAUGAUGUGUACUUAGUACUGCAGUUUCGCUUUGUAUUUAUGAAGUAUUAUGUAUGUAGUAAUCCAGCUAAAAUACUAUAAAAGCUUUAGUGUAUUAAUGUGGCCGCAAUGGACAUUUUUAAUGUUUGCAUGAUGUGAUGUACUUGAUAAAACACGUGAA